AUGCUUCCGCCAAUUCCGGUCCUGGCAGAUUAUGACAUUGAUCCCCACCGUGGCUUCCUCCCCCCAGAGCUGCCCUUGACCUCUCUAUUAGAUCCAUACUAUUCAAAAUGGGAGAUCGUCAUCGAAAAGUUACACGCUCUCAUUCUCAGCAGGAGGAUUCGCUCUACUGUUGAUCGCCUGCCGGUUCUUUCCACUGUUUACUUGCACAGCGAUGCAGAAUGGCGUCGAGCGUAUGUCGUACUUACUUUCAUGCUUCACGCAUAUAUCUGGGGCGGUGAUAUUCCAGAAGAGGUUAUCCCACCCUCGAUUAGUGUGCCUCUUCUAGAGGUCUGUGAGCACUUGGAUCUUCCGCCAGUCGCCACCUACGCUGCAGUGUGUUUAUGGAACUAUAAGCCAAUAUUCGCAGAUGAACCAGCUGAGGAUCUCAAUAACCUGGCUGUUAUCAACACUCUUACUGGAUCGACCGACGAGCAAUGGUUCUAUCUUGUUUCCGUGGCAAUCGAGGCGAAGGGAGCCCCGAUGCUCCCAUCCAUGCUAGAAGCAAUCGCUGCAGCACGACGUGGGGACAGCAGUACUGUUACAUCUUGCUUGCAAGGAUUGGCGCAAUGUAUAACCGAGAUUACUGUUAUCAUGCAACGCCUAUUCGAGCAUUGUGACCCUCACGUAUUCUACCACAAGGUGCGCCCGUUUCUGGCAGGAAGCAAGAAUAUGGGUGACGCUGGACUGCCGAAUGGCGUGAUGUUUGAUAUCGGGACAGGUCCGACAGAAUUUAGACAAUACGGUGGCGGUAGUAAUGCUCAGAGCUCGCUUCUUCAAUUCUUUGAUAUUGUCUUGGGCAUCGAGCAUCGUCCAACCGGAGUAGGCCCCGACGACGAUCGUUCGCAGAGUGAAUCGGAGGGUCUCUCUGCCAAGCCAAGACACAACUUUAUUCAAGAAAUGAGACAGUAUAUGCCUCGCGAACAUCGUCGAUUUCUGGAACAUGUGGGGAGUGUCGCUAAUAUUCGCGAGUUCGUGGAUGCGCGGCGCUCGGACAAAGCUCUCUGUUUGGCUUAUGAUGCGUCCCUGGCGAUGCUGCGAGACUUGCGCGACAAGCACAUCCAAGUCGUGUCCCGCUAUAUUAUUGUCAAGUCACGCGAGCAAAGACGCAAUUCAGUCUCUACCAAUCCACCGAUUUCGCGACCUGUUAUGAACUUGGCAAAUGUUAGACAUGGCGACAAGGCAGGCAGCAAGAAACUACGGGGCACCGGUGGAACGGCUUUGAUCCCGUUUCUCAAACAAGCCCGUGACGAGACUGGCGAGCCGGCAAUCGAUGCCUGGGCGCGGCGACUCUUAAGCAAUGGUCCUGCAAAUAGAGGUUUUGCUACUCUAGACAAAGUUAGAGAGCAUGCUGAUGGUCAGAUUGAGAUUGUCGGCAUGGCGGGUACAUGGGCAAUGGACGAAAGUGAAGGGGGCAUAUGCCAUUGGUAG